CUUAAAAUGAAAAAGCAUUUCUGAAAAUGCUUUUUCAUUUGAAAUAUGGUAACGAUUUGCUUCCAUAAUUUUUAUCCAUACUUUUGAUUUUUAAAUCUCUUCCAGUGGUCACCUUGAGGAACUGCAGGGUUGUGUUUGGAGAUUUAUCCAUCAAAGCAUUGUUUUAUUGAUUGCUAACAGGCGCUUUCAUAAAGUAAUGAUAUAAACUAAAUAACAGUUAAUCAGAAAUGCAGAGUUAGAAAUGUUCAUAUUAUAUUUUUAGCAACUGUUGUAGUAAUACAGUGCAGUGGAACUAGGAAAAGAGAAUACGUUGGGAACUUGUUUCCCCUAAUACACAGUUCUACUAAUAAAAGCCAUAAAUAUGUGACUUUAAUGUAUCACUAUGAACCUGAAAUGCAUUGUUCUAAUCUAUUGUUUCUAAAUGUAAUGAUUCAAUCUGUUUUAGAUGUCAUAAUCAGUUGUGACAGCACUCCACUGUGACCUCGUGAUUACAAAAGCAUGGAGAGAUUCUUUGAGUGGAGCAGAAUUCUACAAUCCUCACUUUUCAUUCGUGAAAGCAGAAAAGCCACAUCCAAACGCAUUACUUCAACUGAGUUUGAGUAAAACUAACCAAGACUGUCUUACAAACAGAGCAAGAGCAAGAAGCUUGAGAUGUUUUCCUUCAGGAAGAGUCGAAGAGUGGGACCUCUCGCUAAGAACAGCAGCGGAGCUGUUUCCUUUCUGUCUCCUCUCACAACUGCGACUCCUGAUCCUGCAGACAUGAUUGUCGCAGGACAACUCAAUCUGUCUCCUACCAACUUUGAUGAGCUGCUGCCAUCAACCUCCAGAUCGGAAACCAGAAAUCAUCUAGAUGGAGCUGGAGACUUCAGCCGUAAAGAGGCUUUCCACAUUCAGCCAGAAUGUGGAGCAGCAUUUAAAAGGCUUUUUAAAAGAGAGCAAGUUGUUCACCAACACCAACAGAAGGUGACUGUCAGUGAACCACCUGAUGAAACAGAGCCCACAUCUGCUGACAAGAAAGAACGACCUGAGAAAGGACUUCUGAAAUGGAUCUUCAUCAAAUUGAAACCCAGAAGGAAGCCCUUUAAAUCAGCACAAAAGCACUGUCAGGAGGCAGAACCAGAGCCAGAUGUUGAGACAGAGCAAACUGACUCAAAGUCUGUCCACACUCCUCUUGACCCCAGCUCAGUGUGGCCCAGUAUCUUGGAUCACAGUGAAGAGUUUGACUAUAAAAGUGUGUCAACUCUUGCCUUCAGCAUACCAUCAAAAGAAGAGCAGCAGUCAUCACUAGCAUCUUUUUUUACUGAAGAAACCUCCUUUGAUGAGAUAGAGGCUCUCUCUGUGGAUGCAGACGACUGGAUUUCUACUUUUGCUGCUGCUGAGAGGAGUUCUUCUGAUACAGAAGAAACAGCAGAAAACAGCACAAACGCAGCCAUUAUGUCCUGUAUAAAGGAUUUCUUUGAGAUGAAACCUGAUGAAACCUUUGAGAAUGUGGAGGAACGAGAGAAGUAUGGCUCAUGCCAAACAAAGGACUCCAACCAAACAGGAAAUACUGUCAUGGAGGACAAGUUGCUAGGUCCCUUAGAGUCUCAUGUGGGAUCUAUGGAAACUCUUAAAGGAAUCACUAAUACUCCUGGCAGCUACAGAAUAAUUCAAUUAAAGAAAGAUAUUUUCUUCUUUGACAUGGAUUCAUCCGAAAACAAACAGCAGAGCAAAGCUGAUCCAGUUGUUGGUGCAGAGAAAUCUUAUAUUUCUGGAGAUACUGAUACAGAAAGUAUGCUCCCAUCUUAUAGGAUCUCUGCUAAAAGUGCAGUAACUGAUGAGCAAUCAGAAAACACACAAGUUGAGGAUCAGGAUGAUUUUUCAUGUCCUGAACACAUCUCGGCCAAGACCUUAGAUUCCUUCGCUGAGGAUUUAAGUCACUCAGAUUUGCUCCUUGAUUUCCGGGAGUCACCUUGCCAAGCUAACACUGAAGGUCCACCAAACCAGGCCAGAAAAUCUCCAAAGGAACUGAGCUUUGAGCAUCUCUCUAAUAAUUUCGAAAGGGGGGUAUACAGGCGUUGUUUAGAGAUUUACCAGAAUGCCUUUCUGCAUCAGUGGAGUGAAAUGAAUCCAAGGAGUUCCUCCCAGUCAGCCACUGAGAAUCUGACAGAACCUCCCACCUCUUCUACAGAGUGUUGGACAGAGACGGUUCCUGAAAAACUGUCCUCACAACCUGAAUCUCCUCCCAGAAAUGUUGGGUCCACUCGCAGUCGCUUCAAAAUAUUCAGAAACUUGGUGUGGAAAAGACUUUCACGGCUGUUCAAGAUGCGCAUUGUUGUAACCAUCUACUUAUGAAGGUUCUGACAGAGCCGAACCAAGAAGCAUUUUCACUUUCAAAAUAAAAUCUCUAAACUAUUAGUUGUAUGUGUUUAUGUUUUGUCUGGUAUAUUAAACAUAAUUGUUAUAAGAUUUACUUAGUUGUUUGCAUUAGAAGCCAAAAGAAAACAGGUUUGCUGCCAAAUUGUGAAUUUUGAGUUCUAAUGUCCAGCUUUAAAAUAAGAAUGGGAAAUAAGUAAGAUUCAGAAUUUGAUUCUUCUGCUUUCAGCAAUAGAUCCAGCAGAACAAGAAAAAGUAUAUUAGUUGGACCAGAAAGUUUUGACCAACUCCCAAGCUGAUGGUACCUCAGUUAUAUCUAGAAACACCAAGCCUAUUCAAGCUGCUAUAAAAAGAAAAACCACAGGCAACUCAAAUUGAAUGGCAGCCAGAAGCGCACAUAAUGCACAAAUACAGAGUAAUUAAACAGGCAGAUAUAUCUCAGAAUAACCCAGGUCACUCAAUUAUUAACUUCAUCAAUAAGUAAAGCAUUGUGUCUAGUCUUAAAAGUAGACAGAAUGUCUGUCACAAGAACAAAGAACUGGUUCCACAUUAGAAGAACCUGAUUAUCGGAAAGCUUUUAACUAAUUUUUGUCAGGUUUCAUUUUCAAAUAUAGGUGAAUAUCAUCAGCACAACAACACAAGUCAAUUGCAUUAUGUCUUAACUUAACUUUACUAUAACUUUAACUAGUGAAAUAAAAUAAUUAUUUUCUGAACAGUAGCACCUUUGUUAGCAGUGUUGCCCUCAUCACGAACAUCCUGGGUUAGAUAGCGUCCGUUCUAUUCGUGGAGUUUGCAUCCUCUCCUCGUGCAUGCCUGGGUUCUCUCUGAAUACUAAGAUAUGCAUGUUAGGUUAAUUGGUUUAUUCCUUAAUGGUAAUGUUAAAGACUUGUUGGCAGAUGUCGUAAACCCUUCAUGUUAGUUGUUGCUGCUGAAAGUGGCACAACUACGGUAGUCAUUUGUUCUAGGGUGUUCCAGUACUUUUUUACAUGGGGCCAAGUAUGUUUGGAUAAUUUGAAAACUGCUAUUUGUAGUUACUCUAUUUAUCUAUAUCCAAUAUUACAAUUAAUUUGAUGAACUGAAAAAUCUAAGAGUGACAAAGAAGCAAGAACAGAAAAAAUCUGCAAGAGAGCAAACAUUUAAUAGAGCUGUAUAGUAAAGAGAAUUGGCUCAACCACCAAAACUUGUGGGAAUCCAUAACUAUUUCUGGUGGAUGAGGAAAAUUUACCAUUAGCAUAAACAAAUGGGAAUCUGAACAAAGUGACGUCCACUUCCUGUACGUCAGAUCCAGGUCAUGUCUGAACAUGUCCUGUGCUAUGUCUCAUCUUACCUUAUGUGAAUUCCUGUUUAAAUAUACAAUCAGCUCAUGUGACACGUGUCCUCUAGAACAUUAUUAUUGUUAUUUAUAAAUAAUAGAAUCAUUCAAGGUGGUGCAGUUGGUAGCACUGUUGCCUUGCAGCAAGAAGUUCCUGGGUUCAACUCCCUGCUGGGGGUCUUUCUGUAUGGAGUUUGCAUGUUCUACUUGUGCAAGUGUGGGUUCUCUCUGGGCCCUUGAUAACGUGCAUGGGGCCAAGUUUGUUUGGAUAGUUUUUUCCUUAGUUUAUGAAAUAAACAUUUGAAAACUGCUUUUCAACCACCAAACCUUGCUGGUAUUUCUGGUGGAUGAGGAAAGUUUACCAUUUGCAUGAACAAAUGGGAAUCUGUAAAACAAAUGUGAUCAGACAGUAAGAACUGAUUUACAAAAAGCCCUCUGCAUGUUUCGAUACAAUUUUACCUGAGUAAUUCACACGUUCCUGGAUAAAAGUUCAUGGUCUGGGGGUAGGACUCCCGAUUGCUGAGGGACAGGGUUGUGUGCUAAGCAACAAUGAUUGGUAGGUUCUUUCUUGCAAUGUUCUGAAUUUUGCUCAUCCACCGUAUUUAUAUUUAAGCAUAAUUUUUGUGAUCAAGACAUCAAGAUCUUUGCAACAAUUAAAAUGUGGUACAACACCAUAAACAAAAAUGCAAGUUGUGCAUUCUCCAUACACUUUUGUUAACAAAUGUCGGGACACGGGCUUCUUGGUCGGGCU